GAAUGCCAAGGUGCAAAUCCUAUUCGGAUUAAGAGAAGAUCUCAUAUAUUAUCAGAAAGAGUGACGCAAACACUUUCAAACAAGAUUUGUUUGUCUGCUCGAUGUACAUGAUCACUCAGUUCUCUGACCAGGUUUCAGAGCCCAUCCCCGAGAUUGACCCAAUCAUUGAGUGCCUCAACUACGGUAAGGAGCCAGAUAUAUGGUGCUGAGAUUACUCUUUUGAAGACUAAUUAGUUAUAUUAGAUUUCUUCGAUAUUUUUCCAAUGAUGUUUAAAGCCCAGAGCAAUCUCAAAAAGAUAGACUUCUUCAGGAACGAACACAAUCUUGAUGAGGUAUGGGACAGAGUGCUGCCUCAGCUUGAAGAAUUUAAUACAAACUGCAAAACCCUCAAAGAGGAACUCGAUAUAAUCUAGACCAACGGAUACCGGGACAAGCUUGUUGACUUCCAAAUCGAGGUCAAGACUUUCUUGAACUCAAUUUUUGACUCUAAACUGAUGAAGCAGUUCAAUAGACAGCUUCACUGGAGAGAGUUCAAAGAGUAUAAAUCCGAAGAUUCUAUGACUUACCAUUUGUCUCAGGCAGCUGU